GAGGCGGGCGCGAUUGAGACAGCUCCGGAGGAGGACGACAUGUCUGGGGGCGUCUUUAGCAAUGUGGGUCAAGGAUUGAACGGCCGCUAUCGCACAAUGAUGAUGCAGUAUUGGCAGGAGACAAUCAACUCGAUUGAACACGACGAACACGACUUCAAGAAUCACCAGCUCCCGUUGGCGCGCAUCAAGAAGGUCAUGAAGACCGAUGACGAAGUGCGCAUGAUCAGCGCGGAGGCGCCAAUCUUGUUUGCCAAAGGCUGUGACAUAUUCAUCACCGAGUUGACAAUGCGCGCGUGGAUUCAUGCAGAAGAGAAUAAGCGCCGCACGUUGCAGCGCUCAGAUAUCGCUGCGGCAUUGACGAAGAGCGAUAUGUUUGACUUUUUGAUCGACAUUGUGCCACGCGAGGAGGAAAAGCCCAAACGU